AAAUCAGUUGCGUCGCAGUUCUCCAGGCCAGCGGUACGGUGCAUCGAAAUUCAAGCGGUAAUUUUCGUGUGCAAUUAAUUAAUAAAUACGAAACAAAAACAACAAGACAAACAGUUGCUAACUAGCUCAACAUGUUGCGCCUUUUGACCAUAACCCUGGCUCUGUGUGGCACUCUCUGUGCUGCCGCACAAACGCGUAAUAAUGUAGUUGAGGCGAUUGCCACUUUAACUGGACCCGUGCAAGCGGACAACAGCCAGGUGAAGGGUAACGUCACUUUCAUCCAGAACGACUGUGGUCAGAGUGUGCAUGUGCGAGUCCAAUUGGAGGGUGUUAAGGCGGGCAAACAUGGCUUCCACAUCCACGAGAAGGGAGACCUCACCAAUGGCUGUGCCAGCAUGGGCGGUCACUACAAUCCCGAUAAGGUGGACCAUGGUGCACCCCAUCACGAGAUCCGUCACGUUGGCGAUUUGGGCAACCUUGAGGUGAACUCCACUGGCAUCAUCGACAUCACCUACACGGAUUCCGUGAUCAGUCUAACCGGCAAGCGCACAAUCAUCGGACGUGGCGUUGUCCUGCACGAACUGGAGGAUGAUCUCGGACUGGGCAAUCACACCGACUCCAAGAAGACUGGCAAUGCAGGCGGCAGAAUCGCGUGCGGCGUUAUUGGAAUUAACUCAGAUUUGCUGGAAUGGCCCUGUCAAGGUGGCGGUGCCGGAGCACUACGUCAAUCCUUGGCAAUAGUCACGUUCGUCGUGGGUCUGCUCCUAGCGCGUGGAUUGUGAAAGACUAUAAUUUGCAUUCAUAUCGUAUUCCAUAAUGUACUUAUCAAAAACUUAUCAAAAUACUCCUCAUUUCAUACUUAGCCAACGAAACUAAACUACUACUAAAUUGCUUGUAAAUUGCCUGAAUUGUUCAUCAAAAUAAAAUCGAAAUUGUUAUAUUCCACAUA